AUGGCACCAAGCGCAAUCGAAGUCGAAGAAAUCAACGAGCUUGCUCACACGAUCAACGACCCGCCCGUCGAACACAACCUCGAGGAACACGUCGCUUUUGGCGGAGAUGACCAAUGGUUCUACCACAUCCCCUCUAAGCGCUUCGACCUCUCUCGUGGCUCCAAGCGCAAGCUCAUCAUCGACGCCGACGAUGGAAUCCGCAACCACCGGGGCUGUGCAAUCGACCCAUCCUCGACUGUCCUUGUCAUAAUCGACAUGCAGAACUUCUUCGUCCACCCCAUGUACCACGACCACAGCAGUGGUAUCGCUACCAUCGACCCUCUCCUGAAGGUCAUCGACAAGUGCAAGGGCCUCGGAAUCCAGCGCUGCUGGCUGAACUGGGGAAUCUCCGAUUACGACCUCAAGGUUAUGCCCGCAGCUGUCACCAGAGGUUUCAACAGAAACUUGGCUCAGGACAAAGGCCACGGCUGGCACGUUGGCUUGGGCGCCAACGUCAAAGAUGACAAGGGCAACACUGAGCGCUGCUUGUUCAGCGGCACCUGGAACGCCGACAUCUACGACCCCCUCAAGGAGGUCAUGACGCCAGAGGACACGUUGCUGUUCGCUGGUGUCAACACCGACCAGUGCUUGCUGGGCACUGUCACCGACGCAUACAACUGGGGAUGGUACGCAGUGUGUGAUUACAAUAUCGCAACUAACAUGGGCUUCGUUACAGACAGCCAGGCCUUCCUGGACUCUGAGCUCGUGUUCGGUCCUUUGAAGUGA